AAUCACAGUUCAAACAGUUGGCUUUUUAAUAAAUUUAGAAGAGAAUUUAAAUGUGAUUGUAAAAGCAAAUGCAAUACGAUGCAUUUGGGAACAUAGAAAGAUCAAUUCACGAUCUUUUUUUAUAUAAAUGAGACAACGAGUUAAUGUAUAAGUUUAAUGAGAGGAAAGUGAUUGAAUUCUUGUAACAAUAAUUGAUUACUUUUUUGAAGAGUUUAUUUUUGAAAAGAUGCCUCCUCAAGAAAAGUUUGAAACGUCUGCGCAUUUGAACAAUAGUCGGGAUAAUAAUUUGAAUUGUCAGAACUCGAUGGAUAUUCAAAUACCGGAAGCAAAUGAAAUCAAAGAAGAAACGAAGGAUUUAGAUUUUGACGAGUUGUUACCCUAUGUCGGAGAAUUUGGACUUUAUCAGAAGAUCCUGUUUAUAUUGAUGAUUCCUUUUACUUCAUUUGUGGCAUGGGUUUAUUUCUCACAAAUCUUUAUCACGUUAAUACCGGAAAAAUAUUGGUGCUGGGUACCGGAACUGAAGAAUCUCACAUCCAACGAAAGACUCUCGCUAGCGAUACCACUCGACCAUGAAGGUUAUUCAAGAUGUAAUAUGUACGAUGUAAAUUAUACUUUGAUUCUGCUAAAUGAAAGCUAUGUGCCGAAUCCAUUGUGGCCGACGAAAACUUGUCAACAUGGAUGGGAAUUUAAUUAUAGCGAUGUCCCUUAUGCAACCGUGGCAACUGAGCUGGGAUGGGUUUGCCAAUACGAUUCCUUGCCAACCGUGGCUCAAAGUAUUUUCUUCAUUGGCGCCAUAUUUGGAGGGUUAAUUUUUGGAUGGAUCGCCGAUCAAUAUGGCAGGAUACCAGCUUUGAUCGGAGCUAAUAUGAUGGGAUUUCUCGCAGGAGUGGCUACGGCAUUCACGAAUACCUUUUGGCAGUUUGCAUUAUGCCGUUUUUUUGUCGGAUUUGCCUUCGAUAACUGCUUUACUAUGAUGUAUAUAUUAG